AUGCUCUGGCUCUCCAGCAGCUUCCGAGCGGUGGCUCAGCUGCUCCGCUCCCCGCGGCUAGCCUUCGCCGCCUGGCUCUUGCUGCACCACCUUGGACCCCCCAUGGCCCGGGCUUCCUCCUUCCUGACAGGCUCUGUCGCAAAAUGUGAAAACGAGGGAGAAGUUCUACAGAUCCCUUUUAUCACAGACAAUCCUUGCAUAAUGUGCAUUUGCCUGAACAAAGAAGUGACAUGCAAAAGAGAGAAGUGUCCAGUGCUUUCGAAGGAGUGUGCUCUCGUCAUUAAGCAAAGAGGAACGUGCUGUGAGCGAUGCAAAGGUUGCAGUUAUGAACAAAAUUUAUAUAAUAGUUCAAUGGCAUGGAAGGCUCCAGACAACCCCUGCAUCAUGCACCAGUGUCAGGAAGGAGUGAUAACAGAAUCUGAGAUUCACUGUGUUGUCCACUGUAAAAACCCUUUAAAACAGCCAGGAAUGUGCUGUCCCACAUGUCCAGGUUGUACAUUUGAAAGUAGACAUUACUAUGAAGGUGAGGAAUUUCGGCCUGAAGGAAACAAAUGCAUCACGUGUGCUUGUAUUGGUGGCAGGACACGAUGUAUGCAAGAGGUGUGCCCCAUUCUUUCAUGUCCCCAGCAUCUCAGUCACACGCCUUCUGGACAGUGUUGUCCAAAAUGUUUAGGACAGAGGAAAGUGUUUGAUCUCCCAUUUGGAAGCUGCCUGUUUCGCAGUGAUGUUUACGACAAUGGAGCCUCCUUCAUGUAUGACAAUUGUACAAAGUGUGCAUGCAGGGAUUCUACCGUGGUGUGUAAAAAGAAAUGUGCCCCCCCUGGGGAUUGCCUGAAAGCCAGAGAACAGUGCUGCAAGGAGUGCGUCUCGUAUGUGCCUUCUGAGGAGACCAAAGUGUGCAAGUUUGGCAGCAAGAUCUUCCGGGAUGGAGAGAUGUGGUCCUCUGUUAACUGCACCAUCUGUGCUUGUACAAAAGGCAAAACAGAGUGCCGCAAGAAGCAGUGCAUUCCAGUCAGCAGCUGUCCUCAUGGAAAGAUUCUCAAUCGUAAAGGAUGCUGUCCCAUUUGCACUGAAAAGCCUGGAGUUUGCACUGUAUUUGGAGACCCCCACUACAACACUUUUGAUGGACGGACAUUUAACUUUCAGGGAACAUGUCAGUACGUUUUGACGAAAGACUGCUCCUCCUCUGCCUCGCCCUUCCAGGUGCUGGUGAAGAACGAUGCCCGGCGAACCCACUCUUUUUCCUGGACAAAAUCUGUAGACCUUAUGCUGGGCAGCAGCACCAUCAGCCUCCAUCAGCACCUCACAGUGAAGUGGAAUGGGACACGGAUAGCCCUACCCUACGAAACGCCACACUUUCAUAUCGACUUGGAAGGAUACCUGUUGAAAGUGACAACCCGAUCAGGGCUGGAAAUCUCUUGGGAUGGAGACAGUUUUGUGGAAGUCAUGGCCGCACCGCAUCUUAAGGGCAGGCUCUGUGGUCUGUGUGGCAACUACAACGGGCAUAAAAGAGAUGACCUGAUUGGAGGUGAUGGCAAUUUUAAGUUUGACGUGGAUGACUUUGCUGAAUCUUGGCGUGUGGAGUCAAAUGAAUUCUGCACUCGCCCUCCGAGGAAGCAGUUUCCCGAACUGUGUCAAGGAACGGUGAGGAUAAAACUCCGUGCACAUCGGGAAUGUCAGAAACUAAAAGCAUGGGACUUCCAGGCUUGCCACUCUACGGUGGACUACACGAUGUUUUAUCGGUCCUGCGUGACAGACAUGUGCGAGUGCCCAGUUCAUAAGAACUGCUACUGUGAAUCAUUCCUUGCCUAUGCCAGAGCCUGUCAAAGGGAAGGCCUGAAAGUCCACUGGAAACCGGAGCAAAAUUGUGCUGCAACCCAAUGUAAACAUGGGGCGGUUUAUGACACCUGCGGUCCUGGAUGUGUGAAAACAUGCAACAACUGGAAUGAGAUCGGCCCCUGCAACAAGCCAUGCAUUGCAGGAUGCCACUGUCCGGCAAACUUAGUUCACCAUAAAGGACGAUGCAUCAAGCCCAUUCUCUGCCCACAGCGGUGA